GAGCUGCAGGUUCCUUCUGUCACCGGCUGGGUUCUGGAAGGAAGCAUUUUUCCCUCCAUGGCACCAGGAGCCUUAGAGCUGUGCGCAUUGAGGAGCUCUCUACCCUGGGACAUGAAGUCAGCUCAGUCACUCCUCAGCUAUCUCAAGUGAAAUGUAAAUCAGGAGGCAGGUGGAGCGUGAACCACACGUUCGCCACUUCUCUCUCUCUCUCUCCGCCCGGUCACAGCUCGGGUUUCCAGCAACUCCUCUCUCACUUCUCAGCAGCUCCUCAUGGCUCAGCAGCGCUCCUCUCAUCCCGUUCUCCCGGUCCUCCUCCUGCUGGGGGGGGUGGUCGCGGUCCUGCUCCUCACUGUGCCCACUCGGGACGUCCUGGACGCGCCCGGGUUCGCGUACGGGAUUGUCCUGGAUGCUGGAUCGUCACACACAGCGUUGUACAUAUACAAGUGGCCGGCAGACAAGCAAAACGGCACAGGAGUGGUCACGCAGCACAGUGAAUGCCAUGUUAAAGGCGGAGGGAUCUCGAGCUAUGCCGGCCAGCAGGGAGCAGCCGGACAGAGCUUGGAGGUCUGUCUGGACCAGGCGGUGAAGGACAUCCCCAAAGACAGACACCGGCUCACGCCUGUGUACCUGGGAGCCACAGCUGGCAUGAGGCUUCUGAAUAAAUCCAGUCCGGAGCAGUCGGGUCGGAUUCUUCAGGAAGUGGGACACAGAAUCCAGUCGUACCCUUUCAACUACCAAGGGGCGGCCAUAUUGAGUGGUCAAGGGGAGGGGGCGUAUGGCUGGGUCACCGUCAACUAUCUCCUCGAGAACUUCAUAAAGUAUGGUUUCUCGGGGCACUGGCUUAGCCCCGGCAGACCCACGGUGGGAGCGCUUGAUUUCGGCGGAGCGUCCACCCAGAUAACAUUUGCCACUAAGGAGAACGUGGAGGACAAGCAGGACACGAUGAAGCUGCGUCUCUAUGGACACGAGUACUCUUUGUACACGCACAGCUUCCUGUGCUACGGCCGGGACCAGGUCCUCAAGAGGCUUCAGGCUCACUUAGUCAAGUCUCAGGGUUAUUCCCAAUCAGCCGUCCACCCCUGCUACCCUGCAGGCCACAGCAUGAGUUUCAAACUCAGCUCUAUAUUCAACUCUCCGUGCACAGAGAAGUCGGCGCCCGGCUCCUACAGCCCAGAGGACUCGGUAACGUUUCAGGGCAGCGGACAUUACGAACACUGCAUGGGCAACGUGUCUGAGAUCUUCUCCUUCGACAGCUGCCCUUUCUCUCGGUGCUCCUUCGACGAGGUGUUUCAGCCAAACGUCACCGGCAGCUUCAUGGCGUUCUCUGCAUUCUUCUACACUCACUCCUUCCUGCAGGAGGUGACUGGCAUCACCGUGAACUCGCCGUCACGGCUGGAUAACGCCACCAGGACGCUGUGUGCCAUGAGCUUCAAUAAAAUGUUGCUUCUUGCUCCGAAGCAACAGUCCCGUUUGCAGGACUACUGUGCUUCCUCCGUGUUCAUCAAGGUUCUCAUGCUGAGAGGAUACGGCUUCGACGACACAUCUUUUCCUCGCAUUUCCUUCCAGAAGAAGGCUGGAGAUGCCUCUGUGGGCUGGGCUCUGGGCUACAUGCUGAGUUUGAGCAAUCUGCUGCCGGCAGAGAAAGUGGAGCAUAGGAAGGCCAUUACCCUGAGUGCGUGGGGAAUGCUCGUCGGUCUCUGCGGCCUCCUCCUCAGCGCAGCACUGGUCUUCAUCCUGCUCCGAGCUUGUGAUGGGAGGAGGAAAGGCGGCGGUGAAGGCCCCAUCUAGAUACUGUAGCAGCACGGUCAGAAAACAGUAGCACAGAUAUGCAGUUUUACCUCCAACACGCUGGAUCUGAAUGAUGGAGUGAACAUGUGCUCAACGAUCAUCCUAAGCAGACCCGUUGCAAAAUAUAAGGCUCCGACUGCAUGAAUGUAUUAAUGUUUUCUUUUCAUUUCAAAUCCAAAGUGCUGGAGUAAAAAGCCAACAUAAUGAAGAGUGUGACCAAAACUUAUCUGAGUGUCCUGUAGGUUUAACAACUCCCCUGGUUGCACUGACACGUCAGGCGAAGUUUGAAUGUAUAUUUUAUUCUAAGAGGAGACAUGUGAUGCUUUUUUUAUAUUUCCUAUUGUGUAAUACAGGCUCUUUGUGACUGUGAAAGUUCUGCAAACAUCCAUCAUUUGACCACAUGAGCGCUUUAGCUCGGUAUCGGUUUUAAUCCCUGUCAAUACCAACACACAAAGAGGAAGCAUUUGGUUGUAGAAUUGUUGCAGAUUGCUCAAAUAGUGGCAAAUACACACGUGGAUCCUUGCAAAGUUCAGAAUUUCUGUUUGUGCGGAACGUAGAAAAUUCCAUCUUAUUGUUUUCUUGUAGAUGGUAUGAAACACUGUGAACCUGAAGCACACUGUGGAGAUUACUAACAGUUUAAUAUAAAAUAUAUAUUUUUUGUUUUUCUAUAUGAAGACUCUUUGUUUGCAGGGUUUAACACAAAAUAAUCCAUAAUCUACAGCUGCUGUUUGCAUCUUCUAAACACUUGUUGACAGAAUCCCAGGCUCUCAGUCUCCGGGCACAUUGAAGCUGUAGCUCAAUAAUCGUAAAUCACUGCUCAGCCAAAUAUUUGAUUUAGUCAGUAAUUGUGAUGUGAAGGACAAAAGAAAUAAACCACUAAAGAUGGAAUGGACGAACAGGUUGAUAUCUGAUAAAAUUGAGUUUUUAAUAUAUAUAUUUACCCCCAUGUCAACCGUAAUAUUGUUGUUUAAGUUUCAUAUUUGUAUACAGUUUGCAGAAUUCUUGAAUCUAACCAUGAUGCAGAAUGUAUCUUUGUUAAAACAAAUAAAUAUUUAAAUUGCAGCGAUUAAUGUGGCUCACAAG